AUGCUUAUCACCACUUGUAAGCGAAACAUCUCAACUAUAAGCAUUAAACGUCCUCCACACCUACCAACAACGGAACAUAUUAUGACACAUUUGACAUAUUAAUCAUCAUUUAACGUGAUUACUCUCGCACUCAAUACAACACCCAUGUCUGAAACAAGUCAAGAAACUACCCUGCAUCCACCCAAAGUAAGUAUAAAAGAUGCCGCAGGCGCACCAUCAGCUUCGACAGACCAACCGGAUCUUACCAAAGAAGAAAGUAUUCCGGCAGUAACCGAGAACGAUUCAAAACCGACCAUCAUACAAAGUGCCUCUCAGCCAGUAAAACGUAGAUCAAAAGACAAGUUAGACUUAAGAAGCAUGAAAAGAGACUCAAUGGAUUCCACGGCUCAACCGGAGGAGGAAUUGUCUGCCGAGCAUUUGGAAGAAAUCCGGGAAGUUUUUAAGAUUUUUGAUAAAGAUGAUGACGGCACUAUAUCUACAAAAGAACUGGGAACCGUUAUGAAAGCUUUAGGGCAAAACCCUACAGAGGCCGAGCUGUUGGACAUAAUCACUGAGGUGGAUAAGGACGGUAACGGCCUAAUAGAUUUUGAAGAAUUCACGGACGUUAUGAAAAAUAUUAUUAAAGAAUGUGACAACGAGGAUGAUAUCAAGGGAGCAUUUAGAGUGUUCGAUAAGGACGGAAAAGGAUAUAUAACAGUAAAAGAUCUAAUGGAGACCUUAUCCAGUCUUGGAGAAAAAAUUCCAGAAGAACAGUACGAGGACAUGGUGAGGGCCGCCGAUCUGGACGGCGACGGACAAGUUACUUUAGGAGAUUUUAUGGAAAUGAUGAUGCCGCCCGGAUGGGAACGACCUAUUGAUUAAAUAAUAAAUUAAAUUAACCUUGUUA